AGUGUUUGGUGAUAUAAUGAUCGACUACACGUAUGUUGAGUGUACCUCAGCUGUAAUGCAGGCACUGAAACACUUUCACAGUGUAUAUCCUGAGCACAGAGCAGAAGAGAUUAGGACAACUCUUCAGCAAGGGCUGGACUACUGCAGGAGGGUUCAAAGACCUGAUGGCUCAUGGGAAGGGUCCUGGGGAGUCUGUUUCACAUAUGGAGUCUGGUUUGGUCUGGAGGCAUUUGCAUGUAUGGGCCACACUUUCCAAAAUGGGUCUGUUUGUGUGGAGGUGAAACGUGCCUGUGAGUUCCUGCUGUCGAAGCAGAUGGAGGAUGGAGGCUGGGGCGAGGACUUUGAGUCAUGUGAGCAGCAGCACUACGUUCAGAGCAAGAACUCACAGAUCCACAACACCUGCUGGGCUUUGCUGGGGUUGAUGGCUGUCAGGUACCCUGACAUCAGAGUGAUUGAGCGAGGCAUUCAAGGUCUGAUUGACAGGCAGCUGCCCAAUGGAGACUGGCCACAGGAGAACAUUUCUGGAGUGUUCAAUAAAAGCUGUGCCAUCAGCUACACCUCUUACAGGAAUGUGUUUCCUGUGUGGACGCUGGGCCGUUUCUCACAGCUCUACCCCUGCAGCCCUCUGGCUGGGAAACUCAAACUCUGAGUCAGAUACUGUGUACUUGUGCCUCAAAUAAGCAGUAUCUGAUCAAAGAUCAUUCUUAUUUGAAACAAACCUGUUUGCUGCUCUUUAGAAAGUAGGACUGAUUUAUCAAAGUCUUUAGAAUAUUAUCUACAGAAUAUUGAAUUCAUUUUUGUGCUCUUUUAACCAUGGGACCAAGGCGUUGUAUCCUGUAGAUGUUUAUGUAAUUAAAAGCGAUUUUCUGUACUCUUAUAAUAAAUCAUUUUAUAUUUUG